CCACCCCGCACACCCCAUGGCUGUGCCCAGCCACCCUUCCCCGGACUCCUCUUGUCUUCUGCUCUAUUUUCCUUUUGCUUUUCCCUCCAGGGGGGUGAUGGGGAAUUUCCCCUUCCCUGGGCUUUGCUCCAGAGCCUCGAGCUGCAGCACAGCUGCCUGCUGCUCCCAGCCACUGCUGCCAGCACCCACACCCCACGCCAGAGGUUUCCCGUGGGGGUUUUUUCCUUCUCCUGAUGCUACAAAUGCCAGGGAAUAUCACCCAGCGCCCAGGCAGGCAGGGCGAGAUGCUCUGGGUGUCAGGAGGGAGCGUGAGCAGCAGUUCCUGGUGGGCAAGGAGGAAGGAAGGGACAGGGUGGGUAUGCCAGGCCUGCUUGGUGCCACCUCUGAAGCAUCUGGGAUGUUUUUCCUGUGGGAUGCCGGGAGCAGCUCUGGACGAAGCUUUGCUCUCAGUAACAACAACAAUCCACGGGAUGUUUCCUAUGCAGCAGAGUUUUGGGUGAGGCCCUGCUUGCUUUGUGUUUCAUGGCAAAUAUCCUGCAGCUGUCUGAUGGUUCAGGAUUUUGGGGAAGUGGCUCCAGGGAAGGAAUUCACCACCUGGGAGACUCAGCUUCCCUUUCCAGUCGUGCAUCCUGGAGCUCUCAGAACUGCGAGAGGAUGAUGCCGUGUGGCGCUGGUGACCGGGCGGUGCUGGCACUGAUGACCCUGUCCUUCGGCCUCGCCGCCGAGGAGCUGCUGUGUGCCUGCGACGUGCCCCACUGCAGCCAGCCCAACUGCACGGGCCAGGUGUGCUUCGUCAGCAAGAGGAAGGAGGAGGGCACCAUCACCCAGCACCGGGGCUGCUUCUCCCAGAACGUUCUGGAGCACUGCCACGCGUCCGUCACGGAGCACUACGGCACCAGGUGCUGCAACUUCCACAUGUGCAACGCCGAGCUGGAGAUCUUCCUGCAAGGUGAAGAUGCCCUGGUGAAGACGCCUUCCCUACCCAACCUCCUCCUGCUGAUCUUCGUCCCCCUGCUCUCCCUCCUCAUCCUCGCGGCGCUCGCGGCGCUUUUCUGCUGGAAGGUGGCGCGGCACCGCCACAAGCACAGUGACUUUGGGGACACCGACCUCAUGCUGAAGGCGUCCAUGAUGGGAGACAGCACCUUAGAGGACCUGCUGAACGAUGACUGCACCACGGGCAGCGGUUCCGGGCUGCCUUUCCUUGUCCAGAGGACGGUGGCUCGGCAGAUCACCCUCAUGGAGUGCGUGGGCAAAGGGCGCUACGGUGAGGUGUGGCGAGGCGUGUGGCACGGGGAGAGCGUGGCCGUGAAGAUCUUCUCCUCCCGCGACGAGCAGUCGUGGUUCCGCGAGACGGAGAUCUACAACACCGUCCUCCUCCGGCACGACAACAUCCUGGGUUUCAUCGCCUCUGACAUGACGUCCAGGAACUCCAGCACGCAGCUCUGGCUCAUCACCCACUACCACGAGAACGGCUCCCUCUACGACUACCUGCAGAGGACGGCCCUGGAUGUGGACACCUGCCUGGGCUUGGCCUCCUCCAUCAUCUGUGGCCUCGUCCACCUCCACGUGGAGAUUUUUGGCACGCAGGGCAAGCCUGCCAUCGCCCACCGUGACCUGAAGAGCAGGAACAUCCUGGUGAAGAGCAACCGGCAGUGCUGCAUCGCAGACCUGGGGCUGGCCGUCAUGCACUCCCAGGGCAGCGACUACCUGGACAUUGGCAACAACCCCCGGGUGGGCACCAAGCGCUACAUGGCCCCGGAGGUGCUGAGCGAGCAGAUCCGCACCGACUGCUUCGAGUCCUACAAGAAGACGGACAUCUGGGCGUACGGGCUGGUGCUCUGGGAGAUCACCCGCCGCACGGCGGUGAACGGAACGGUGGAGGAGUACCGGCCGCCCUUCUUCGACGCCGUGCCCAGCGACCCCAGCUUCGAGGACAUGAAGAAGGUGGUGUGCGUGGACCAGCAGACCCCCGUUAUCCCCGGCCGCCUCUUCUGCGACCCGGUUCUGUCGGUGCUGGCGAAGGUCAUGAAGGAGUGUUGGUACCAGAGCCCCUCGGCCCGUCUCACCGCCCUGCGCAUUAAAAAGACCUUGAAGAAGCUGAGCAAUUCCGUCGAGAAGCCAAAACUGGAGCAGUGAGCGCCGGGAACCGGGCACCGGAGCCACUGACGGCUGCACCGGGGACGGGAUGGCUCCGGUCACCGAGGGGAUUUACUCACAGCUCCCGCCUCUGCCACUCCUCCUUCGAGCCGGUUGAAUUUGCAAGCACGAAAAAAAUAGGAGAAAAAAAAACCCAAACCCACCACCAAAGUAGGAAUCUUUUAAAAUAAAAAUAUCCCCUGGAUCCGUCAUCCGACAGCGAGGGUGGCAGCUGGUCGCCCACCCCGAGCCCACGGCGAGGGGCACCGGUGGCAGAAGCAGCCCCAGCCCUCGGGGCACCCAGCGAGCUCCGGCUCUGCCCGCUGCCCGGACCUGCCCGCCCGCCACCGGGCAGGAAUUCCCCGCAGAGCCGCGGUGCCCGGUGUCCCGCUAAAGGAGCGAUGGGAUCUUCUGGGAAAGGAUAGUCCAAGGGCAGCAUCCCCCAGAUCCGCCCCCUGCAUCGUGGGAAUCCCAAAAAUGAGGAGCUGCCGGCGUCCCGUGUGGUCUGAGCGUGGAUGGGGGUGCCGUGGUGAUCUUUCCUUGCCAAGCAGGUGGCAUCCCCCUUGCCAAAGAAGUGCCCUCUUGGGUCUUUGCCAACAUUUUGGUGUUUUUCGAAGUGUUUUGGCUCGGCCGGCUUCAUCCCGCGUCGCUCCUCGCCAUCCCAAAAUCCACCCCGUGCUUGGAGAUGUUUGGACAUGACCAGGAUGGGACGUUCAGCAGAACCAGCUUUGCCACAUAACUAUUUAAUUAUUAAGAUUUAAUAUAUUUAAUAAAGUGUAAAGCUAUUUUAUCACCUAA